GAAGAAGCACGCAUCAUGAUCAUAUAUUCAUAUUUCUAAGGCAUUGUAUCAAGACAUGUUGUAUUACAUUUUGAUAUGUUUAUUUGCGGGUUUCCAGAAUGUUGUUUGCCAGUGUAAAAGUGGCUGGAUUCAUCACAGUACAUCAUGUUACUACUUCAGCGAUAAUUCGAAAAACUGGGAUACUUCUUCUGCUUCUUGUCAGGCACAUCAUGCAGAACUUGCUGUCGUAGAGACAUUGGACGAAAAUGCGUUCAUAUAUUCUAUCAUGACUAAACUGGGAGGAUAUUUUUGGUUGGAUGGAACAGAUGAAUUUUCUGAAGGACAAUGGGAAUGGGCUUCAACUGGUGAUGCUUUAGAUUAUUCAAACUGGUAUCCAGGAGAACCUAAUAAUGAUGGCGGAGAAGACUGCCUGGUGACAGGCGGAGGCUACAAAACAUUCUGGAAUGAUGCCCAUUGCAGCGAUCAUAACAAAUACAUUUGUGAAAAAGAGUUGGAGGAUCCAGUCGUUGGAUAGCAUUUUUUUAUAAAAAUAUUUCAAAGAUAUAAUAAAUGACCAUUUCGUCAGUUUUUGCAGUGUUAACAUAAUUUAUAUACCUAGAGAUAAAGGCCGCUGUUCAGUAGUCAUCAAUCGAUAUAUCAGCUUUACUUGGAACUAAAGAUUAUAGAAUGCUUGGACGUUGAAACACAAAACAUAUGAGAAGAAUUCGACAGCUCAUACUGAAACAUUCAAUGAUAAAUGAUAUGUAAUUAUGUUCUAAGAGUGAUAUCAAAGGAUAUUUAACACUUGCAUGAGUGAUUAUGAUUAGGAAUAAACAAUGCAAUGUGAUUCAAUAUUUAUAUCAUGCAGGCGCCAAAGAAAAUUAAAUUAUGAUGUGUUUUAUUAAAGAAUUGAUGAUACAAACUAACUGUUUACUUACAUGACUAAGUAGUCAGAAUGGUUAUUUAUACUUUUUAUAUCACUUACUCUGAAU